AUGGGAAGUGCUGCCCACGGCCAGCCCUCGCCGUUGCCAAGCGGGUGGUUUCAGGGUGAAGAGGACACAGAGGCUGGGGAGGGUCUUGCACCGCACCGAGCCACGCCGGGCCGGGAGGGCUGCGCGACGGCAACGCCGCGGCGCGAGGAGCAGGAGAGGCAGCCAGGAGCUGAGCGCGCACAGGCGGCUUCCAGCAAGGGCCUCUCGCGCCAGAGGGCUUUUUCUUUGGGGGAGAAACACUGUGGUGGCCCUGCAGCCCUUGUAACCCCGCCCUUCAAACUCCUAGGGUUCCUCGAUAUUAAAAACGUCCCCUGUGCACGAGAAUCUAUCCUCUAUGGCUCAGUGGGAUCUUUUGUUGUAGGUCUUGGACAUUUUGUAGCAACCAGUAGAGUUAGAAGAUCCUGUGACUUUGCAGUUGGUGGCUUCAUUUGCACAAUGUUAGGAUACUGGUUUUAUUGCAGGUACAAUUAUGCCCAACACAGGAUCCGGCAAAGAAUGAUUAGAGAAGGAAUGAAAAACAAACUUUUAUUUGAAGGCAGUUCUCUGGAUCCAGAGAGAAAACAAACUGGUGAUGAAAGAAGCAAUUCAUAGUCGGCUAUGGAGGGGUCUGUGGUCUAGCGCAGCUCUGGGGGAAGGUGGUCCAAAAAGGACAGUCUUCUGUGAACGUGGGAGGUGACCAAGUCUGAUAAAUCAUGCUGUUUUUCCUAGCAAAUUCAAGUAAGAAACUCAUAAUGACUCCGUGCCAUCAGUAUACAAGCCUGCCUUUGUUUCGUGUAUGUAUAUAUGACUAUGUACAUAUAGUUAGGAAUGGCCUCCUUGGUUUUGGUCUGUUAAACAUUUGGGAACUGAUCUGUUUCGUUGCAAGCUCUCAAAGGAUUAAUAACAGUGCUUUUGGACUACUUCAUUUUUUAUUAUAAAUGGAAUGGUGCAUUUUAGCAAAGUUGCAACUACACCUCAUUUAAAUAAAAGUAAAACUUUCAUCAGCUGUGCUUUGAGUAAAUGUGUCCUUCAGUGCUACCAUUCACUGUGCUGUUUUUAAAACAGGAACAUUUAAACAGUCGAUGAAUGCUUUGCUUGUGCAAAAUGGGUAGCAUCAGUAGUCUUAAAAUUUCAACUGCAGUGUAGUGAGCAACUCUACACAUCUUAUGUACACUGUGAAAUUGAAAAAACAUCAUUAUUCUCUUGGUGUGAAACUAAGAAUAAAGCACUUGCACUUCACGAGGAGUCUAAGCAAUUUAUGUAACUCAUGAUUUAUUUAUUUUAAACCGUGUUCUUCUGAACAUUACGUUACUGUCAGCUGUUUACUUGUAAAAUAAUGCUGAUACACUUAUUUACAUCAUUAAUGAAUGGUAAUUACCAGUUUAAAAAAAAAGUGUGCUACUUGCAUCAUUUGCUAUAAGUCUUUAUUUAAAAGAAAUACUGCUUUAUAAAUUCAAGGAAACAUUCUCCAGUUUGGAAAUACUGU